AUGGCUGGCAAAGAGACGUUCACCAUCAAGCCCGAGGCUACCACCCCGGCCAUCGACUGGAGCCAGGUUCCGCUGCUCCUGCGAAACUACGACAAGCUGCUCGUCCGCACCGGGCACUUUACCCCCAUCGACCACGGCUGCUCGCCGCUGAACCGAGACCUCAAGUCGUACAUCAGCUCGGGUGUCAUCAACCUCGACAAACCCUCCAACCCCUCCAGUCACGAGGUCGUCGCCUGGGUCAAGCGCAUCCUCCGCGCCGAGAAGACCGGUCACUCGGGCACCCUCGACCCCAAGGUCACUGGCUGCCUGAUCGUCUGCAUCGACCGUGCCACCCGCCUCGUCAAGUCCCAGCAGGGUGCCGGUAAGGAGUAUGUCGCCGUCAUUCGCCUGCACGACAAACUGCCCGGCGGCGAGGCCCAGUUUGCCCGCGCCCUCGAGACCUUGACCGGAGCCCUCUUCCAGCGCCCGCCCUUGAUCUCGGCCGUCAAGCGUCAGCUGCGUAUCCGCACCAUCCACGAGAGCAAGCUGAUCGAGUUCGACAAUGACCGCCACCUCGGUGUCUUCUGGGUCAGCUGCGAGGCUGGAACCUACAUCCGAACCCUCUGUGUUCACCUGGGUCUGCUCCUCGGUGUCGGUGGUCACAUGCAGGAGCUGCGACGUGUCCGAAGUGGUGCCAUGGACGAGACCAAGGACCUGGUCACCCUGCACGACGUCCUCGACGCCCAGUACAUGCUGGACAACCAGAGGAACGAGGCCUAUCUGCGCAAGAUCAUCCAGCCCCUUGAGACUCUGUUGGUCGGAUACAAGAGGCUUGUCGUUAAGGACAGCACGGUCAAUGCCAUCUGCUAUGGUGCUAAACUGAUGCUCCCGGGUCUCCUUAGAUAUGAGGCCAACAUUGAUGUACAUGAGGAGGUCGUGCUCAUCACGACCAAGGGUGAAGCCAUCGCCAUCGGCAUUGCUCAGAUGAGCACUGUGGAGAUGAGCACCUGUGACCACGGCGUCGUCGCCAAGGUCAAGCGAUGCAUUAUGGAGAGAGACUUGUAUCCGAGACGUUGGGGCCUGGGACCUACCGCUACCGAGAAGAAGAAGAUGAAGGCUUCCGGCAAGCUGGACAAGUACGGCCGCCCCAACGAGCAGACUCCCACCACGUGGACCUCCAACUACAAGGAUUACAGCGCCACCGCCGACGGCACUGUCACCGCGACCGAGGCAGUCGCAGUGACCGAUAUCACAAUGUCAGAAGCCCCGGCCCAAGCCACCCCUGCAAAGGCCGAGGCCGAGGCACCUGCGGCGGACGAUGACAAGAAGAAGCGGAAGAAGCAUGACGGCGAGACGGCCGAGGAGAAGGCGGAGCGCAAGCGACAGAAGGCCGAGAAGAAGGCCGCCAAGAAGGCAAAGCGGGCCUCGAUGGCUUCCGCGGGCGGUGACUCUGAUGAUUCCGAUUAG